CUGUGAAAUUAAGAAGUGCACAUUGCAAUAAUCUUCCAAUGCAUCUAUAAUAACGUUUUAAUAUGCUUUAAUAUUUAUUUUAAGGUGACUUAUAUCAUUCAAGUGUUGGAGAAAUUAAGGAACUUUGUGAAUAUAUUGAAAAUUUCCAAUUAUCAUCAUCAAUGCUAGAAUAGGAUUUGUCAUGGAAGCAGCAAUAUUUACAUUCCAUUUGUGAUCGUAUGUGAUAUAUUUAUAUGACAAGCAAUAAUUUCUACACGCAAUGGAAGAAAAUAAUGGUGCUAAUGCUGAUAAUGUGGAACAACCUACAAAUCCUUGCUUCAGAGAGCGCAUAGAUGACAUUGAACGUGAAGACUUUGAAGAAGAGAAUCGAAUUAUCAAGCAUUGUUCGAAUUUGAUGAUGGAGGGAGAACUUACAGCAUCAUCACACUUUUCAGGAAAUUUGUCAAGUAUUAAUUCCAGCUUGGCUUCAAGUUCCGAGACAAUUUCUACAUUAUCAACUUUCACAGCAAAUGAAUCAAAUCUACCGGGAUGCAGUAAGUCCGAUGACAUUGAAGACUGUGAUAUUCCACUCAAAUACCUAAAUCAUGAACAGACAAUAGGAUUUUCUACAGGCAAAGAAACAAAAAAAGUUGAUUUUAUGGAAAAAUUACUAAAUAGUGGAAUACCUGAAAAGAAAGACAUUCCCAGGGGAAAACUUUAUAAGGGUGACUGUGAUAAUGAGAUCGCAGAUAGUUCUGAUAUGGAAAGUGCGAGCAGCUCCUCCGGACAAACAAGCCAAGCCACAAGUUCCAGUUCUGAUAGUGGUGGAUUUAGUGUACCAUCGACAUCUAAUGCCGAAAAACUCUUAGGCCUUGGAAGCAGUGGACUCAACUCGCACCACACUGUGACAUCGGCUUUCUUGCGUAAGUACUCCGAGGACGAGGACGAUUCUGACGACGAAAUCGGAGGCGGUAACUUACGGUGCACUUGUAAUUCUCCUCACGUGGAUGACGAUGAAUACGACGAGCCUGAUUUAGAGCAAAGAGCUUGGUGCAAACGUCGUUAUGAAUCUACUCCACAUCACUCCGUUAAAAGGUUUUGCACCGACGGCGCCAUAUCAGCAGUAGCUACCUUAGAAUGCAAACCAAACACAACAAAUCCAAAUAUUAUAGCUCAGAAGGUGCAGGCAUCACCGGAGCUCAAACAGUGGCUUCAUAGAUUUCAAACAUGGUCCACCAAAGAGAAGACUCUAGCGAUUGAUGCUUUGGUUACCCGUUGUGCUGCAAGUGACGUACGCUACAUGAUGAAGGCAAUCGAGCCAUUAUUCCAACGCGACUUCAUCUCAUUGCUGCCAAAAGAGCUUGCCCUUACAGUUCUGGGCUAUUUGUCGCCAAAGGACCUUCUCAUGGCUGCCCAGACUUGUCGUUAUUGGAGAUUUCUUGCUGACGACAACUUGCUUUGGAAAGAGAAAUGCCGUCGUGCCGGUAUUACCGAACUCAAGAAGAUACCACGUAAUAUGCCUCGGUUUGCGAGCCCUUGGAAAGCUACGUAUAUGAGUCAGACAAUAAUUGAGAACAACUGGAUGAACAAGUCUGUCCUGAACCCAAUAAUAAUGCGUGGCCACGACGACCACGUUAUAACUUGCCUGCAGUUCCAAGGGAAUCGUAUCCUUAGCGGCAGUGACGAUACAACUUUGAAAUUGUGGUCCGCUAAUUCUGGAAAGUGUCUCCAUACUCUGGUUGGUCAUACCGGUGGUGUUUGGUCGUCUCAGAUGGUUGGAGACUUGGUGAUUAGUGGGUCAACUGAUCGCACCUUACGCGUAUGGAACGCCAACACGGGACAAUGUCUUAAAGUUCUCGCGGGUCACACUUCUACUGUACGAUGCAUGCAUCUUUAUCAGAAUAGAGUUGUGUCGGGUUCUCGUGACGCGACAUUGCGCGUGUGGUCGAUACCGGACGGUCGUUGUCUGCGCGUGCUUGUCGGCCAUCUUGCGGCUGUCCGGUGCGUCCAGUACGACGGCAAAGUGGUCGUCUCCGGUGCAUAUGAUUACUUUGUCAAAGUAUGGAAUCCGGACACCGGUGACUGCCUCCAUACUCUCGCAGGACACACUAACCGUGUGUACAGCCUUCAGUUUGACGGUGUUCACGUGGUGAGUGGGUCUCUUGACACGUCCAUCCGCGUGUGGGACGUGGAGACGGGUCAGCUGAAGCACACCCUCACUGGCCACCAGUCGCUCACCUCCGGCAUGGAGCUGCACUCCAACAUUCUGGUCUCCGGGAACGCUGACUCCACUGUCAAAGUCUGGGAUAUCUCCUCGGGUCAUUGCCUGCAUACAUUGUCCGGGCCGAACAAACACCAGUCAGCGGUGACUUGCCUGCAAUCUAGCAACCGCUUUGUGAUCACGUCAUCUGAUGACGGUACGGUGAAGUUGUGGGAUGUGCGCACUGGCGAAUUCAUACGCAAUCUCGUGGAGCUCAGCUCCGGCGGGUCCGGUGGCGUGGUGUGGCGCAUCCGAGCCUCCGCCACCAAACUGAUCUGCGCCGUCGGAUCCCGCAAUGGCACCGAGGAGACCAAGCUUCUCCUCCUCGACUUCGACGUGGCUGGCACAUGUAGGAAAUGCGACGAAUAGCAUCAGCUUAACCGGCGCCUUAUGCGCCGAUACGUCAACUUGUACGCGCCGUGGCAUUGUUAAACAAACUUCGCCCCCUCACCUUACACAAACAUCAAGCUAUGUGUUCCGUGUUAGUGAUCAAUAUGUUCCACUGUAAAGGAAUAUUUUAUGAUAACAUCGUCUUCAGAAUAAAGUUGUUUGUAGAGGGAAGCGUUUGUGUGUUGCGGAAGGACGUUAAAGUUGUGCGCGAAGUACCCACCGGGCCUGACACCGUUGUUGAAGGACUUCGUCUGUGUAUCCAUGUUGUACUCUGAUUACCUGCAUUCAUACGAUACCAUUUACAUACCAUAACAUAUAUUCAAAUGUAGUAGUAAAUUGUAGAAUAUUUCAAUAAUUGUAAUCCGUAGCAAGAAAUGGUAGCACAAUUGUUUAUCAUGCGUAGCCAAAUUCCUGUAAUAAUGUUGAAUGGUUCAUCAUCCCAAAGAAUUUUGACCGUGUCAGAUGUUAGUUUUUAAGUUUUAUCAUUGUUAAGGCACCUUUUUACAUUGUUAUUUUUUAAAAAAUGAUGGAUUGAUAAUGAAUUGUAAUUUUGGGCAAUAAUUUUUAUCACAAUUUGGACAUAUUUCCAAUUUAUGGUUACCUUGAGUUUACAUUGGCGAAGCGCGCAUAUAAAAACAUAUCCUAUUUUUGUUUUAGGAGA